AUGCCCAUCAUACACAGGCAGGAAGAGAGAGUCAAGAGAACCGAAACAGUCAGUGUUUGUUCGCACACUUUUACACUUUUAUUUGGAGAGAGCAAUUCAAUGUGCAAUAGCACUUGUUAUCGUUAAAUAUAAACACCAAUGGGUCAAGGAAGUAACGACGGUAAACACUGUAUUAGGUAGUUAGUAGUUAGCUAACGAGUGACGUCUCAGUCACAUUUCUGUGUAGCUGAGGGUGAUCAUGGCUACAUCACCAGUGGAAUAUACAAUAGGAGGGGUGAAGAUCCACUUCCCCUGUAAGGCUUAUCCAUCCCAGCUGGCCAUGAUGAAUUCAAUUAUACGAGGGCUGAACAAGGGUGAGCACUGCUUGCUGGAGAGUCCCACAGGAAGCGGGAAAAGCUUGGCCUUGCUAUGCUCUGCUCUGGGAUGGCAGCAGGCUCAGUUUGCUAAACUGAAAGAAGGAGGAAGUCAAGUGGAGGACAAGAAAAAGUCACUUAAACCCUCUGGAGAAUGUAAGAAGUCAGAGUUGGCCACUCCCUGUCAGUGUGUCUGUCAUAGUCAAACUAGUGGAGCGUCAGUGCCAACAGCAGAUACACCUGUUGUUGUGGACCUGACUGAGUCACCGUGUAAAGAGCCCAGCACAACAACACCACAGCUGCACCCAUCAUCUGAACAUAAGCUGUUAGAUGUGGAGCCGCCUCCCAAGAAACAAUCCAUAGCCUCCCGCUUGUCCGAGAAGUGUCAGUCGUCACUGACCUCUGUCGAUGAAGACGAUGAUGACUUCCAGCCAGACAGGAGAAACUUACACACUGAGAACAAGUGCCGUAAAAGGAAGCGUCAGGAGAGGGGAGUUGUAUUCAUUGACGAUGAUGAACCAGAGCUGGAAAAUAAGCCCCCGAAUCAGACAUGGGUCUCGGAGUCGAACAGCCCCGCAGCAGCCAGUAUGUCCUGUUGCAGCGUCCCAAAACCCUGCCUUCUGUGCCCAUGUGCCAAAGCCAAGGAAAGUGACAAAGUCAAAGACGGCAAAAAGCAAAUCCCGAAGAUUUUCUUUGGCACAAGGACACAUAAGCAGAUAACACAGAUUGCCCAUGAGCUGAAACGCACUGUUUACUCAUGUGUGCCAAUGACCAUCUUAUCCAGCAGAGAUCACACCUGUGUCAACCCAGAGGUGGCACCUCAUUUCAAUCGCAAUGAACGCUGCAAGGAGCUGCUGGAGGCCAAGAAUGGUAAGUCGUGCCGCUUCUACCAUGGCGUCCAGAGAAUGCGGGACCAGCAAACACUGCAAAAGGUUCAUGGACUUCAUGACGCUUGGGAUAUUGAGGACCUGGUGGCUCUUGGAAAACGUCUCCGUUCAUGCUCUUACUAUGCUGCCCGUGAACUUAGGCAGGGUGCUAACAUCAUCUUCUGCCCAUACAACUACCUUCUGGACCCGAUGAUCAGAGAGAGUAUGGAGAUCAACCUGGCUGGACAGAUUUUGGUGCUGGAUGAAGCCCACAACAUUGAGGACUGUGCAAGGGAGAGCGCCAGCUUCACGUUGGACCACAACAAUCUGUUGCUGUCCAGGGACGAGCUGGAGGGCAUGAUCAAAUGUAACAUCAGAAAGGACAAACAUGAACCACUCAGGGAUUUCUGCUACAGUCUGAUCAACUGGAUCCAGGAAAGCAAAAGCCUGAUGUGUGAAAGAGGAUAUGAGACUGCAAGUAAAGUCUGGAGUGGAAAGGAAAUAAUCAGCAUCUUUCACAGUCUGGGCAUCACUGCGGAUACUUUUGCUUUACUCAAGAACAACCUGGAAGAAAUUCUGGAGAAGGAGGAGCGUGUUGGUAUAGUCAAUGGUAGAGAGGACAUGGUGCCGAUCCCCACCGUCACCUCAGCUACUUCCAGUGUCCUCAAAAACCUCUUCAUGGUUCUGGAUUUCCUCUUUAGGAACAACUGCAGGUUUGCCGAAGAUUACCGGGUAGCUCUACAGAGGAACUAUGCUUGGACCAACCAAGUCCCACCUGAUGCUCCUGAUGCCCAGGGCUUUUUUGCCCGCCCACGACACAGACAACGCCAGAGCAAAGUUAAGGCAGAGGUGUUGUCACUCAGCUUCUGGUGCCUCAACCCGGCUGUGGCUUUCUCUGACUUGAGUGGGGUGGUGCACAGCAUCGUGCUGACUUCAGGAACCCUGUCACCCAUGGGCUCCUUCUCCUCUGAACUUGGGGUGCAAUUCAGCAUUCAGCUUGAGGCCAAUCACGUUAUCAACAAGUCCCAGGUUUGGGUGGGCACAAUUGGUGCAGGACCCCAAGGCAAAAAACUGUGUGCCACCUUCCAACAUGCUGAAACAUAUGCCUUCCAGGACGAGGUGGGUGCCCUGCUGCAUCAUGUGUGCCAGGUGGUGGCCAAGGGGGUGCUCUGCUUUUUGCCAUCUUACAAGAUGUUGGACAAGCUCCGGGACCGAUGGAUCAACACCGGUUUGUGGGAGAAGCUAGAACAGCAGAAAACCGUGAUCACUGAACCCCGCGGUGGUGGCAAGGGGGAUUUUGACGAACUGCUUCAUACUUACUAUGAUGCCAUCAAAUACUGCGAGGAAAGAGAUGGUGCUUUGCUCAUCGCCGUGUGUAGAGGUAAAGUGAGUGAAGGGCUGGACUUUACAGAUGACAAUGCAAGGGCUGUGGUCACCAUUGGAAUUCCCUUCCCAAAUAUCAAAGACCUCCAGGUUGAACUGAAGAUGAAGUAUAAUGACCAGCACUGCAAGUCCAGAGGUCUUCUCCCAGGCGGUCGUUGGUAUGAGAUUCAAGCCUACAGAGCUCUGAACCAGGCACUGGGGAGGUGUAUCCGCCACAAGAAUGACUGGGGCGCUCUUAUUCUAGUGGAUGACCGUUACAGGAACAAUCCUAAUAAAUACAUCACAGGUCUCUCGAAAUGGGUUCGCCAGCUUGUCCAGCAUCAUGAUACCUUUGGCAAUGCGAUGCAGUCGCUGGUAGCAUUCUCUCAGGUACAGCAGCAGGUGGCAACACCCCAUGUGGGCAGCCAGUCAGCCUGCUCCAUGGCCUCAUCUCAAAAUGGUCAGCUCCCAGAUACUGGAGAGAAGGAGGGUCUGUCCCAGGCCUCAAUUUCUCAGACACCAGAGUCGUGUGUCAAACGGCCUCAACCCCAGCAGGACACAAGCCCCUCUACAUGCCUUCCCUUUACUCCUACACAGUUAAAUAUGGAACCAAAUGAAAAACCAGCAGAGUCCCUCUCACAUCAGAGAAGAGCACCUCAGUCACUGUUCAACAUUUUCACCUCCAGCCCCAUCAGCUGUUUCAAGAAGGCCAUCUUCAAAGAGAAGUCGGCCAGCAAUCCCAGUCAGCUCUUUCAGGCACCUAAUCAUUCUGAGCACCAGCAGGAACAGCAGAUCACUUCUCCACAGAAGGAGACUGAGGAUCAGAAGAUCACCUCUACACAGAAGGAGUCUGAGGUGUCUUGUCUUCAACAUGAGGAUGUAGAUGCCUCGAGUGAAGCCAAAGUGGAACCAGACAGUCUGGCUCUGGGGUUGUCUACAGCAACAGAACCUCCCAUCUGUGAAAGUGAAGCUCCUUCAGCAGACAAUCCAGAUGAGGAUGACAUGGACGAUGAGACCAUCUUCUUUACUCCAGAACUUUUUGAAGGAGAAGGAGAGGAAGGCACCUCAGGGAUGGAGAUAGAGACGGAGUCACCUGUCGGGGUGGUUUCAGGGGCAGAGAGCCCUGCCCUGCUGACGGAAAGACUUUUCAGCUCGGAUCAGACCCAGGGGCACGGACAAGUCACUGCUCUUGAUGGGCAUGGUGCAAUUUCAGUCAGUGAGGAGAGCACAGAGCUAUCACAGGGACAUAAAGAAGCAAUCAGAGUACAAAAGCAGGGUGAGGACGCAGAGCAGGUGGAUAACCAGAGCAGGUCAAACAAGAGACUCCACCGGCUGUCCAGGUCCAGACCCCCUCCCACCCCACAGGGUAACUAACUACCAGGAUACAAGAGAUGCUAUAAACCAAGCUGAAUGUACACCUCUCAGCCAAAAAUAAGACACACUCCCCAAUAUUUUGUUGGACUGCCUUGAACUUAAUUAUGGCAUGCCAAGAUCUUGCAUUUAUGUUGGAGUUGAAUGGUUUUGUGUUAAGUCCUCUAUAGUAUAGUACAUCCCAGAGAUUCUAAAUGGGGUUAUUGUCUGAACUCUGUGGUGGCCAACCCAUCACAGUGUGUGUGAACUUGAGUCAUGCUCACUGUUUCACAAUUUUAGCUUGGUGAAUCUUGGAAUAUGCCUAGGAAAAUGACAGAAAUACCUGGUCAUUCAGUAAAUAUCAGGUAGUGAGCUGAUUGUUUGGGCACAAAAAUGAACCAACGCCCGAUCAUAACAGUCAGUAUGUUUCCAUGCAGGGUUUAGUCAAGCUAUUGCGCCGUUCUAUUGGACUAAUACAAUUGGACUCUGGUUUGCUAGGUGGUGAUACCAGGUAGUUUUUAGUUGAACUAUUAUUCCACAGAGUCUUCCUACGUCCAUGAACUUUAAAAUUCUCAGUUCUUAGAUCAGGCACAGGAUACAUUUGGUUUCCUCUCCUCAUCAGGUCAAAGCGGUACUGCGCUGGGUGUUGCCAUGAUUUUGUUAUUGUUGUCUUCUUCUGUCCACCAGUUUAUUCUUAUAUUUCUAGUUCAAAGCCAAAGCCUGGGGGUGGGAACCAUGUUGCAUGUGAAGAGCCCCUAGGCCAGUUUGAGUCCAGUUUAAUGUUUACAUACAAUUCUAAUUUGACUCGCAACUACAUUAUGUGGGUGUGUCUGUACUUUUUGAUUUAGCAAAAUUCCCGUUGGACUAACAUGUAUGUUUAAAGUCAAUUUUAGUUGGACAAACAUCAUGAUUCAGUUUUGUCAUGUAACGUCAUGUAAACGUAUUGACUGCUCCCACAGACGUGUAAGUUGAAAUGAAAUAUCAGAGUAUGAGACUCUUUUUUUUUUUUUUUUUUGGCUGAGCAGUGUAUUUUCUGUGUUUAGAAAUAAAGUGCAAAUACUAAGUUCAUUGCACAGUAUGAUGGGAUUUUUUUUUAUUUUAUUAUUUUUUUUUACAAUUCCUUUACUGUUUCUUGAAACACUGCAUCAAGGUUCAUCUGUUUCAUGUAACAGAGACAGUCUACUUGCCUCGGGCAACUUGCUCACACACUACAAGGUUUCAUCCUGCUCUCAUGUCCAAUUGUCCACCUACUUAUGUUGUGUGACACAACAUCAUCUCUUGGCCAUUAAAGCCUUCUCUCAGUUAACACUUAACCAACAUUACUGAUGCUGCAGCACUGAUUGAUUCCGAAUUUCUCCAAAUCAUUAAAAAACAAAACCGCGUUCAUCUGCGAACAGCAUGUAAUGACAUCAUUUAGUUCUGUUUUUAAUGAUGUGUACGUUAUGGACGCGGCACAUUACAUUCAUGCAUUGAACAUGCCUGGUUGAACCUAAAACACAGACCUUUUUUCACAUUUCAUUCCAAUUAUGUGAUUAUGUGCCGUAAACAUUAGCGGGAUUAGUGUGUGGAGCCACAUUUGUUCAACCAUCAAUACAAGCCUUCAUGUAAAGUCUGUCACAAUAAAAUUAAGUGUAAGCCUUC